UGCGCCAGGCGGAGGCGCCAUCGGGGAGUGAGCAGUGGGCGAGGGCCUGCGCCGCGUGGGCCAGCCCGGCUCCCCCCGGCGCCUCUCCUCCGCCCUCCCCAGCCCGGCUGCCAGCAGCCUCUCCCAACGUCCACCCGAGAGCGACAGCCAGGGAGACUGCAGGGGACACACGUGACGGACGGGCAGAUCCUGCGAAUUUCCUGGAGAACAAUCAGCUCUAGCCGCCUUUGAAGAAACAUUCAAUUAUUUUGUCAGAAAUGGUGGUUUUUACAUGUAACGCAUGUGGAGAAUCUGUGAAGAAGGGGCAGGUAGAAAAGCAUGUAAAUAUGUGCCGGAACUGUCAAUGCCUUUCUUGUAUGGAUUGUGGCAAAGAUUUCUGGGGUGAUGAUUAUAAAUGUCAUGUGAAGUGCCUGAGUGAAGAUCAGAAAUAUGGUGGCAAAGGUUAUGAAGCCAAAACUCACAAAGGAGAUGUCAAACAGCAGGAAUGGAUUCAGAAGAUUCAUGAGACAAUAAAGGAAACAAACAACCCCAAAGUUCAGGAUAUAUUAGAACAGAUAUGUGCCUAUGACAAUAUUCCAAGAAAAAAGCGCAAGUUUCAGAACUGGAUAGCCAACAGUUUGAAAAUACACAGCACUGCUCUGCAGGAUCAGGUGUGGGAUAUUUUUUCAGAAGCUACCAGUAAGGAGACAGUUAAAAAAGAGUCUGUAAAAAAUGAGCCUGUGCCGCCACAAUCAGAAGAUAAUGUAGUAAAAACAGAGAAACCUGCCAAGAAAAAGAGCACAAGGGAACAAAAGCCAAAAAAAAUGAGAUUACAAGAUCAACAAGAGAGCUUAGAAAUUACAAAAAGCAAAAAGUCUAAGAGAGAAGCACCAGGAAAUGCAAAAAUGUCCAGAAGCAAUCAUUUAAAGAUGGCACCACAGCAAGCAGUUGAUUCAGCUGAAUUUGAAAUGAAUGGAAAUUGCCUGGAUGUUGAACCAGUGUCCAAAGCAAAUGUGCAGAAACGCAAGCGCAGCCUCUCAAACGGUGACUGUCCCAUUGUACAGAAGAGACUGAAUAAUUCAGAAACGGAAGAAAACGAGGAUGAGCAUCAAGGUAAAUUCAGUUGGAAAGGAACCAUAAAAGCUGUUCUGAAGCAAGCACCUGACAAUGAAAUAUCAGUUAAGAAACUAAGGAAAAAGGUUUUAGCCCAGUAUUAUGCAAUAGCAGGUGAUCAUCACAAAUCUGAAGAGGAAAUUCUUGCCCUGUUUAAUAAGAAAGUCAACAGCAAUCCUAAAUUUAGAGUUUUAAAGGAAAAAGUUAAACUUUUAAAAUAGCUUUUUGUGGUCAAAUGAUCUGGUUUUGUACGUUGUAGCUAAUGUUGUUAUUGAGUGCAAAUAAAGUUUUCAUUAGUACAUCCUUUUCUUUCAUCUACCAUUUAUAUUGAUAGAAAAAUUACUUUUGGAAUGUAAAGAAAUUAAACCUCCAUUAAAAUCUUUCCAGUAUUA